CCAUUUUGGAAAAGGUGACUUAUAGGCAGUCAAUGGAUUUCGGAAGCACGAACAUAGCAAACAAAGUCGGUGAGCGGUGCUCUCAGGUAGCAACUGUUCCUGAAUGACAAGUUACGAAGAUCUGUCAGAUAUAGGGGUUAGGGUUUUGUUCAUCACAUUGUUUAUUCGGGCUUGCAUGGCCCACGUGGUUUCACAAGCGGAUGCUCCCUGCCUGCAUGGAUGGGAUGGCGUUGCCGAACUGCCAAUCAUCGCGCCCCGAGAAAUUUCUCGUUUAACACCCCAUUGAACUUGCCAACACCUCUCUUCCCGACAACACCUCAAAAGCAUCAACGGCCGCAGAAAGAUCAUCUACAGCCUCCUGCAUCCUAAUUCCAUCCCAACCAAACCCUUUUAGUCAACCCCCCACCUAAACCCGUCAACAUGUCUGUUCCGGCUUUCGCAGAUAUCGCCAAGACGGCGAACGACCUGCUCAACAAGGACUUCUACCACCUGUCGUCGGGCACCAUCGAGGUCAAGAGCAACACCCCCAACAAUGUUGCCUUCAAGGUCACCGGCAAGAGCAGCCACGACAAGGUCACUAGCGGCGCGAUCGAAGGGAAAUACAACGACAAGCCCAAUGCAGGCUUGACCCUUACCCAGAUAUGGAACACUGCCAACUCGCUCGAGACCAAGAUCGAGAUGGCCGACAACCUGACCAAGGGCCUCAAGGCCGAGGGUGUCUUCGGCUUCCUGCCCGCCACCCAGGCCCGCGCCGCCAAGUUCAACGUGCACUUCAAGCAGCCCAACUUCCACGGCCGUGCCUUCUUUGAUCUGCUCAAGGGCCCCACUGCCAACAUCGACGCCAUCGUCGGCCACGAGGGCUUCCUCGCCGGUGCCUCGGCCGGCUAUGACGUCCAGAAGGCCCAGAUCACGGGCUACAGCGCCGCCGUCGGCUACCAGGCCCCUACCUACAGCGCCGCCAUCACGGCCACGGACAACCUGAGCGUGUUCGCCGCCAGCUACUACCACAAGGUCAACAGCCAGGUCGAGGCCGGCUCCAAGGCCACCUGGAACUCCAAGGGCGGCAACGCUGUCGGCCUCGAGGUCGCCACCAAGUACCGCCUAGACCCCGUCUCGUUCGUCAAGGCCAAGAUCAACGACCGCGGUGUCGCUGCCGUCGCCUACAAUGUUCUCCUCCGCGAGGGCGUGACCUUUGGCGUCGGUGCUUCUUUUGAUACCCAGAAGCUCGACCAGGCUACCCACAAGGUCGGCACGAGCUUCACCUUCGAGUCGUAA